UCACCCAAGAAACCGAUUUCUGCUUUGGCAAAGAUUUAUUUGAUCCUAUAUAAUGUUUCCCAAACUUUUGGAUGGAGUUAUCUCAUGUUUCUCAUGGUUCGACAUUACCAAUCAUCCAGUAAUCAUAUUGGUUUAUAUGGCAAAGUCGAAGGUGUACUUAUGAUCUUUCAAACAGGGGCUGUUCUUGAGAUUGUUCACUGUGCUAUUGGUAUUGUACCAUCAAAUGUUGUGCUCACUGCUUUCCAAGUGUUCUCCAGGGUGUUCCUGGUUUGGGGAAUCAACUACAGUGUAAAAGAGUCUCAAGAUAAUGUUGGAUUUUCUAUGCUCCUGUUUGCAUGGACGGUGACAGAGAUUGUGAGAUAUUCGUUCUAUGUGACGAGCCUUCUUGGUGGAGUCCCGUACGCUCUUCUGUGGGUGAGGUAUACCUUCUUCCUUGUUCUGUAUCCUAUUGGAGUUUCGGGAGAGCUCCUUUGCAUCUACGGAUCCCUACCCUACGUCAAGAAGUCCAACCUUUACUCAUACGACCUCCCGAAUAAGUACAACAUCUCGUUCAGUUAUUACAUCUUCUUGUGGGUCAUCAUGUUUAGUUACAUUCCAAUUUUUCCCCAACUGUUUGGCCACAUGCUGAAACAGCGGAAGAAAAUCAUCGGAGGUCAGAGAGAGAAGACGGCCUAAUCAGGGAGACGUUGAACCAUCAGUUGCACAUAUCAUAAACGACUCUUUCAACCAGGGAUGAGACUUUUCCGAUGUUGGGAGCAUUUCUGUUUAUCCGCCUUCUAAUGAAGGCUUAAUUUGACAGUAGUAAUGAAAAGAUGUAAGCCUCUGCUUGCCGUAGAACUUUAAAUUUUCAAAAACGGACCAAUAGAUCAAGAGAUUUAUCAGGUCUUUUGGUCUUCAUCUUUUUUAUCUUGCAAGGUCUUCAUUUCUAAUCAAAACUUAGUUAAUUUCAUGAAUAUGUCUGCUUCUUAUAGGAAUCUGCACAUUGUCAACUCAACUUCGAGUCUGUUUUGCAAAUCCAAACUUAUUGGAUUCCCUUUUGGUGUGGGACAUCAGUCAUUUCUGCAGAAGCGAUUGCAUUUUUAUCAAGGGUAGCAUAUGAUCAAAACCAACCACUCAGUAUCAUCUCUAUUCUGGUGUUGUCAUAUAGAUGCAGAUUACUGCAAUAAAA